CUGAAGGCAGGAGGAUGAUGGAAUUCCAAAAAUCUCUACCUGCAUUCAAGGAAAAGGAAAGGCUUCUUGAAGCAAUUGCAUGAAAUCAGGUCAUUGUGAUAUCUGGGGAGACUGGAUGUGGUAAAGACCACUCAACUUCCACAAUACAUAUUGGAAUCAGAGAUAGAAUCUGGUCGUGGUGCAUUCUGUAGCAUCAUUUGCACUCAACCUCAGAAUAUCAGCCAUGGCUGUUGCAGAGAGAGUAUCUGCAGGGAGGGGAGAACCUAUGGGUGAAACAGUUGACUAUAAAGUUCGAUAAGAGUUUAUGAAAAGGAAAAAUACCCAUCUUCUCUUUUGCACAAGUGGUAUUUUACUUAGACGGCUGCUAAGUGACCGCAACUUGAACGGAAUAACUCACUUCUUUGUAGAUGACAUUCAUAAGUGAGGAAUGAAUGAAGAUUUCCUAUUGAUUGUGUUGAAGGAUCUUCUCCCAUGCUGUCGGGAUUUGAUGCUAAUUUUAAUGAGUGCCACUUUGAAUGCUGAGCUGUUAUCCAAUAUUUUGAUGGGUCAUCUACAAUUAAUAUUCCAGACCUACAAUUAAUAUUCCAGUACGCCAAAAUUUCACUUCAACUGUUAGUGUGAAAAGCUUUUUUCCAUUCACAAACCAGAGAAAAUGGGGGAGGGGUUCACAUAUCCUGUGAGGACAAACUUUUUAGAAGAUGUUUUGGAGAUGACUGGACAUAAGUUGACUUCUUUCAAUCAAAUGGAUGAUUAUGGCCAAGAUAAGGUGUGGAAAACACAGAGGCAGCUAACUCCAUGUAAAAGGAAGAACCAAAUUACUGCUCUUGUUGAGGAUGCUCUUAAUAAAUCAAGCUUUGAGAAUUACAGUUCCAAGGCAUGUGAUUCUCUAGCAUGUUGGAUGCCUGAUUGCAUAGGAUUUAAUCUCAUUGAAGGAGUUCUCUGCCCUAUCUGCCGAAAGGAAAGACCGAGUGCUGUGUUAGUAUUUAUGACUGGUUGGGAGGAUGUUAGCAGUUUGAAGGCUCAUCCCCCUUUUAGGAGACCCUAAUAGAGUUUUGGUUCUAACAUGUCAUUGUUUAAUGGCGACAUCCAAGCAGAAACCAAUAUUUGAGAAGCCACUUCCUAAUAUACGUAAAGUUGUUCUUGCCAAAAACAUGGCCGAGGCCAGCAUCACUAUCAAUGAUAUUGUUUUUAUGGUAGAUUGUGGAAAAGCAAAAGAGACCACUUAUGAUGCUUUGAAUAACACACCUUGUCUCAUACAAGACACCUUGUCUGCUACCUUAUAUCAAAAGCAUCAGCUCAACAAGUAUGCAUCUUGAACUUAGCCUCAGUGUGCAUAUGCGUGUAUCUAGUUAUUUAUGCAUGAAUCUCUUCUAUUUACACACAAAGACAAACAUGCAGGCAUCCAUUGACACAUUGAUACGAUUUUGACUUCAUUCAUCGCUAAGUCAUUGACAUCAGAACUGAAGAGAGGAGCAGAGCUGGCCAUGUGCAAUCAGGUGAAUGUGACCACCAAUAUCCCAGAUGUGUUUAUAAAGCUUUUGUGCAAUAUCAACUUCCUGAACUUUUGAGGACUCCAUUGAACUCUCUCUGCUUGCAAAUAAAAUGUCUCCAGGUUGGAAGCAUUGGAGAGUUCUUGUCAGCAGCUUUGCAACCACUGGAAUCAUUGGCUAUAAUAACAAGCUAUAGAUGACAGGUCCAAAAUGCCAUUCAUUUUCUUAAGAUGAUAGGUGCAUUGGAGGAGAAGGAAAAUCUGACAAAUCUUGGAAAGUUUUUGUCAAUGCUUCCAGUAGAUCCCAAGCUAGGGAAAAUGCCGAUCAUGGGUGCUCUCUUCCGUUGCUUUGAUCCUGUUUUAACAAUAGUUUCUGGGCUUAGCAUCAGGGAUCCUUUCCUUUUGCCUCAAGACAAAAAGGAUGCAAGUAAAUAGACAAUGUAUUA